UCUGUCCAUAGGUUAGUUGAGAUUCCAUAUACUCCAAACUUCAAAAUUUACUCACAUACCUCAGAUAAGUAUUAAAUUCUCUAAAGACUUCUAAUCAAGUAUGGUUAUGUAUAUCCCUUUUAAUACGAAGUGUGGUCCAAAAGCAUUUAAUAUCAGAUAACUUAUAGCUAUAAUUUUGUAGGGAAUUAACUCGGAUUAUCCUUAUGCCGCAAAAUCGAACGGAAAACUUUUUUAUAUUUCGUGAUGUGUUCUAAUGCCAGUCACGUUAAACCAAAACAGAACACUGUUCAUACAGAUUGUCUCUUGCCCCGCAAUAUUACCUUACCAUAGUGUAUUUUGAUUGAAAUCAGUACUGCGCCUGAUAAAAAUAUGAAAACAUUGUCAAGAGCCCAUUGAGAGAUAAACCCAUAGUUUUGAAAUCGCAUCAAUAGCAAAAUCAAUAAAUUUAAUUAAUGAGCUCUUCAAAAGUCUAUAUAAUAAGGUGCAUAUUACACCUCAAUGAUUCAAUUAUUGUGGUGUUUAAUCAAGUACAACAGUUCCAAUUUGGAAAUGCAUUCGAAGUAUUUAUUUUUAUCGGUUUUAGCCUUUUGCCUUUUCGAGUCGAUAACAGCCAACAGACCUAGGACAUGCUACUCGUGCAAGGGAAUUAAUUGUAUGCGCACCUCACGGGAGACCACAAAACAGUGUUCAGAUCCUUUGGAUUAUUGUGUUACUAUUUUUGACAACUUCAAUGUCAUUCAGAAAGGGUGCUCCUAUGAGAUUCAAGAGAGUUUGCGCAGACGCUGUGAUAACAAUUCCGUCGAAUGCCACAAGUGCAACACAGAUCGAUGCAACACUUUAGGGCAAGCUGACUAUAUGUGUAUACAGUGUGAUUCCAGUCAGAACGCCAAGUGUGCCUCAGCACCAAUGGAGUUAAAACCUACCCGUUGUGGCUCUCCCACUGCUCCCAAUUCUUACUGCUUUGUACAGUACAAUGGAAAAGUUAUUCAGCGAGGUUGUUCAAGAUCAGUAGUCGAACAAGAGGCCUGCAAGGAAAACCCGGACUGUAUGCUUUGUCUGGCAGGUGACAUUCGAGUUUGUAACACUGCAAACUUUAAACCCGGAUCUUUGUCUUUGGAGAGAAUACAACUUUGAAAUACGGAAAGCAAUCUAAUAUCUUGACUUGCAAAUAAACUUGUAGAUUUUGGAAAAAAUUA